AGCACGAGCGCAUCGGAGAUGGGGGUCGAGAACGACAGGAACCCUUCUUCUGCAGUCUUGGAUGGCCUCUACGGAGUGCAGCUUGGGCGCCCAUCGCCGCAGCCACAGACUGACGAGGCUCUCCGAACUAGCUAUAUUGAGUCGUCAGCUUGUGAGCCCCAGAAAGGCGCCGGCAGAACACAGCAAAGGUUGCUGAUCCGACGCCUGUGGCAGCAGAGACCCUCGUGCUUGAAGCCCAUCCACUGCAGCAUUACAUGUGACAAGCAUGCCGGUGAAACCAUUGCUAACGUUAUCACCUCUCUGCCCUUCAUUGUUCUUGGACUGCAGACUCCAAGGAAGAACCUGAACACCGCUAUCUACGCAAACUCGCUGGUUGGGGUAGGAAUAGCUUCAAGCUUAUAUCAUUCUUCCAAAGGAGAAAUCCGAAAAUUUCUGCGGUGGGCGGACUACACUAUGAUUGCUAGCACUACACUGUGUUUAACGAGAGCACUUAGGAGCGAGAACCCGAGAUUACUAAUGGCAGCAUCAACAUUGCUCCUGCCGUUUCAGCCUUUGAUAGUUUCCGCUGUCCACACUGGAUUGAUGGAGGUUUCCUUUGCAAGAAGGGCAUCAAUUGAACCAGAGCUCAGGAUGGCACAUAACCUGCACAAGAUGUCAUCUCUGUUGGGAGGCGCGUUGUUUAUUGCUGAUGAUUGCUUCCCAGAGACUCCCUAUAUCCACGCUGCAUGGCAUCUUGCUGCCGCGAUUGGUAUUGGCACAUGCAAUAAGCUUCUUGAAUGACAGUGGAAACGAUCCUGCUGGUAUAAAAAAAGUAGUUGAUUUCAGUUUUAUCCAGAAGAUAUAGUGCAUCGCCAAUAGCAACUUGUCGACGUUAAAAACAGUAAACGCCACAGGUCUAUAUUGGAGAGGAGAUUGAAAUGUUUAUCAGAAUGAUAUCAGAAAAGUGCUUUUUAACCUCUCAUAAAAGAGUUGUAGGUAAGAAAAUUAGAUGAACUAGGUGUCUAGGAUGGAUUAUAUCUGUAUUUCUGCUAGGAUUUUGCAUUGGUUUUCGAUCAUUGGGGUGAGCUGCCGUAGAUAGCUUCACCACAAAAUUAAUAAGAUGAAACGAGAAGUUUACGAUUGGAUCAAUACUAUACUAAUCUGUAAUUGUUUCUAUCAGUCUUUACCUUGUAA